AUGGGCGAAAAAACCACCAACAAUACCGCAGCCUACGCCCUGACCCCAAACAUAGCGACUUCAUUGUGUGAAGGCGAAGAGACCACGCUGACCUCCGAUCGCCAGGUGAAGUCGACGAGACCUGGUCUCACGCCGUCAACCAUCACCUGGCGGGACAUCCACCGGUCUCCCCGACCCACUACUGCUGAGUCUUCACAGAAAGCCCCCGAUGUCCCAUACAAACGAGUCCUGAUCGCUGCGAACCGGAAGACGAAAUACGCGGUAUAG